AAAAUAAGCAAGCUUUUUGGCAGCAAGAAAGAAGCACUUACCAAUUAGCCUUAACUCAAAAUCAAACCGAAAUUUCUACUUUAGAAUUAAUCAUUCUUAAUUACCAAAGAAAAGCCCAAGCCGUGCAACAAACUAUUAAGAAAGGCUUUUUGCUUUUUAGUCCGGACCAAGUUUCGAAAGCCGAAAGAGAAAAAUUAGAGGCCGAGCAUAUAAAUCUCCAAAAAGAGUACCAAAAAUUCGUAAUUGUUAACGGGGAGUUAGAAGAGAAAAAUGACCUUCAAGACCAACUUCAAAAAAAAGCAACUAAAUUACAAGAACUAACUACUAAUUAUCGUUCUCUCAAAAAAGCCAAAGAGGAAGUAGACGGCGAACUAGUAACUCAAAAAGAAAAUUAUUCACAAUUGGAAACUAAAUUUCAAAAGCUCGAAUCUUCUCUCACCAAGACCCAAAAAGAACUAAGUGAUUGGAAAGAUAACUUUUCCGCAUUAAAAGACGAGAAAGAAGAUCUUAGCGAAAAACUAGCUCAAACCGAAAGCAAGCUAACAGAAGCUAAUCAGUCCUUAGAAACCUGGCAAAUGCUUGAUGAACUACCAGUAAUUCCUCGUGAAGAGCCCAAACUUACGGGAUUAGAAAAACUUUUUGCCCGGGUAAAUAAACUGACCGGGAAAAACAAAAACCCGGGAAAAACUAACCCCGGUGAACCUAGUGAACAAAUAGGAAUUGAGGAAAUGUAUGCUAUUCUUGGAGUAGACGCAAAUGCGAGUGAAGAGGAAAUAAAAAGUGCUUACAAAAAACUCUCAACCCAAUAUCAUCCGGAUAAGCAAAUUAAUAAAAGUGCUAAGGACAGGGAAUUUGCUGAAGAUAGAAUGAAACAAAUUAAUCAAGCCUACGCUGUGUUUAAGAAACUUACUGGGGGAUUAGAUACUGGUGAAUUUGAAGAUACUCAUAUUCCCCAAGCGGGCGAAAACAUUAAAAGUCAAAAUGCUGAACGGAAAGUUGAAAAUAUUGAACCGGAAAAAGAAACUGCAACGGAAGAACCAACAGCCCCAAAGCCAACAGCGAAGUUUUGGAAGCGGCUUUUAAGAAACUUGCUUCUCCGAUUAAGAAAAAGACGAAGACUGGGGCAAAAUUUAGUGGGAACACAACAAAAAAUGAGUUCAACAGAUUCUUGUUCUAACUGUUCACAGCUCGAAACUCAGUUAAGGCAAGCACAAACUAACUUGGAUAAUAAAGAAACUGAAUUAGAAAGUGCUAACAGGGAGAUUUCACACUUAAGAAAUACGCAAAUAAAAAGUUUAGAAGAGUUUCGGGAAGAACGAGAAAAGAAAAUAGUUAGUUUAGAACAGGAAGCAAUAAGUCUUGGAGUUACAAUCAGAAACCAGCAAUCAGAAAUUGCUAAAGAACAACGAGAAGCUCAAAGCACCGAAGAGGAAAAUCAUAAAUUGAAACUCCAAAUUAAUGACUUAAAAUACGGAAUUGGCUCAACCCCAAGAGUCCCGGACAUUCCUACUAUUCCAAACUCACCAGAUCAAGGAACCACAACACCACCCAACAACAGCAAUUCCCUAAAUCCAACUCACGCAACAAUAUUUUUUGGAAUAGGUGUAGUAGUCGGCGAGAGAAAAAAGAAACUUUUGUUAGUUCAAGAGCCCAGCAAAAAAGAAUUUUCUGAGGAACCAUUGCCUCAAGCAUUUCCAACUUAUUAA